UUGUCAAAUUUUAACUUCUCGCCGAUUUGUUAAUUUCUUUGACUGAAAAUAUCGUGUCCAACUGUGCAGAAGGCUGUGGACAGUGGCUUUCUGCAAAUUCUAAAAGGGGCGAAACCCAAUUAGCUUCCCAAAAGGGUGCAAAGACGAAGAAAACGAAAAAGAAACGCCUGUUAAAUCUUGCUUCCAGGCUGCCUCAAUGUACAGAUCUCUUGUUUCCCUCUCUCGCCGAGAACAGUAAAAUGAACUACGGAAUGCAAAACGGACAAAGCUUAACGGGUUCUUCAAGGCAGGUGGACAAUCAAACUCGAGAGGCUGUCUGAGGGAUAAUAACGCCGCGUCGAACAGGAAAGAAGAUCCAGAAAAGAGACCGAUGAAGAUUCCAGUGAAGAGACAACGAGAAGAUUCAUCGUCAGGAUGCAACACAGACAUAUCUCAGAUAAAUGAGCAGCUCAAUAACAGAGAAGAAAAUGAAGAUCACAGUAUUACAGCUUUAAACAUCAGUGGAAUAUCACACUGGAGUGAUCCAAGUGACAUUCCUGAUGAACAUGGUGAAAGUGAUUUUCCACCCAUACCUGAACCUGAUAACAACAAAACCUCCUUAAAAACCAAGAAGUGACAAACUUCCAGCAGUGAUUUAAAUUGUGAAGCAAGAAAUGACAAAUAUGAAGUAGACUCACUCUCACUUGGGCAGGAACCAAGCCAGUCAUUUAAUUUUUUGCAAUGAAAAAAGGAUCAGAUGGCAAAGUGCAGAGAAAUUCUGGAUGGAGAUUUCACUGAGUAUAAUUCUUGUACACAUGUGGAUUGCAUUCCUAGUGUAGGGGGAGAGUCUAGUUACAAAUUGAAUCAUGGCAGUGUGGGAGAAAUGUUCUCCAAGACGUCACCCUUUUGGUUUACACAAUGGGCAAAACAACAGGUUGAGGCAUGCUCCAGAGUACAGAGGGAAGCUUACUCUCUGGCACUGACAGUUCAUAAAUCUUUCAAUUCUGGUGAACAAAGUGAUUCUAUAAAAUUUAGUCCAAGGUAGUCAGUCAAUCAGGCAGAUUCUGAAUUUGAUUUCUUUGAAUGGGCCAAGAAUGAAAUCAAACUAUGUAGAAUUCUCCAACAAACUGAAGACAUGACAGGAAAAGCUUGGGUGGAUGAAAAUUGGGAUGAAUGGGUUUACUCAGGGGGAAAGAUGCCAUGUACAUCGCACUGAGUUGUAUGGUGAAGAAUCACAAUUUCAGUUUACACAGUGGAUGAAAAGACAAAAUAAUGCAAAAAAUGUAGAAAUAUUCAAGAGAAUUGUGGAUAGAAGUCACUUGACCAUGAAAUUAGUUCUAAAAGAAAAUAUGAAGUAGCAGCCCCCUCUAUAAUGGUAUGAGAUUAAAAUACUAUCUCCCUCUCUGGGGCUGUCAGCUAAGUUCUAAAACAAAACAUCAGACACAGUGAUAUAGAAUGAUGUAGAAGCACUCCUUUAUGUGAAAACUUGUUUUAUGGAAGGCGCUUAAUUCAUUUGUUAAUAUUUUUGAAAACGGAAAGAACAGAAAGCCUCUGUUGCUGAGAUGGAAUCAUUCUGAUAGUAGAUUGUUUGGCUUGUGACGUUCACUACAAGAAUGGUGAACAUCAUGAAUUUGAAUAAAUGGCAAAUUCUUCUAUUUGGGCAUAGCGUUUGAUUGAGGGCAGCAUUUAGCCCUUUGACUAUCAGAAAUGUAUUCACAUUUAACAUCUCCCUAUACUUAAAAGGGAAAUGUUUGCUUCACGGUGUGUUCACUUCGGAUGGAGAUCGCACACUGCUUAACUCUUCUUCAGGCGGUCACCGGCACAUCGCAAACAUUUGACGUCAUUUUUCUCAGCAAACCAGCGGUUAUUCUGUCGUGUUAUUCGAAGUGAGUUGAUUAGUUUCGGACGAUACCUCUACUAAACGAAGUAAGCAAAAUGUCUGGAUACGGAGAUCGAAAGGCGGCUGAUGAAUUUUCUGUGGCUUGCUUCACCGCAACGAUCGAAGAUCUCGUGAUGAGGUAGCUGCGAUGGACCUCAGCAUGAUCGCAGGGUAAUCGAGUCUUUGAAGUCCAUUGCUGUGAAUUCUGGGAAGCCAUUCACUAUUGCUGACUUAUGGCUGUGCUGAUGGAGGGACCUCCAUGCCACUGAUGUAUGCAUGUGUGAAGGAAUUGAGAAACUUGUAUGGAAAUGAGCUUGAAAUUCAAAUAAAUUAUGAGGACAGACCAGAAAAUGACUACAACUCAAUCUUUUAUUUUCUGCAAGGUUUACUGCCACACUCAUCCAGCUAUCUUCUUGAUUUCCCAAAUGUCUUUGUAUCUGCAUCAGGAACCAGUUUUUAUAAGCAAUGUUUUCCCAGCGAGUCUGUAAAUUUGGGCUUUUCCUGCAUGGCAAUUCAGUGGCUGAGGAAAAAGCCCUGUAAUUUGACUAAGGUUGUCCUGUGUUGCUUCUCCGAAGUCCAGAGUGAGAGAAACAUGUUUACCAGACAGGCUGAGAAAGACUGGGUACAGUUCUUGUUAAUGAGAGCAAAAGAACUUGCCAAAGCUGGCGGUAGGCUGGCAGUGAUUUUAACCUGUGAAAUUGGAGAAAUCGAAACUGGCCUCUCAGGUUUUGUAAUCUACAAGUUACUGUACAAUGUGUGGGAGAGCAUGGAAAAAGACAGGAUCAUUUCAAAGAAAGAUAUGGAAGAAAUGACCUUCCCUGAAUAUUUCCAAACUCGUGAAGAACUGGUGGAGCCAUUCAUAUCAGAUGCAUCGCUGGUCAGAAAAGCUGGUCUUAAUCUCAUCUCUAUGGAAUUAAAAGAGUUUUCUUUACCAGAGAAAGCCAUGUGGCAAGCUACUGGAAAUGCCAAAGCAUGUGCAAGACUGAUGACUGAACAAACCAGAGCUUGAAGCAAUACCUUUUUUUGGUUGGCACUCUGUGACCAUCAUUCUGCAGAGGAGAAAAGUAUGAUUCUGGACAAAUUUUACUAUCGUCUUGAGGAACAAGUUUUGCUUUCUCCUGAGGAGUAUUUUGGUGUUAUGAGGAAUGCAUUCAUAAUAAUUGAAAAGUCAUGACCUCGAUUAAGAAAUUCCCUCAGCUAGCUUUCUAUUUAAGAUAUAUUACAUGUAAAAGAGACAAUUUACUGUUUACAUGAUAAGGCUUGACAUCUAAAUUUCAAUCUACAUGUUUUAAAGGGAAUUUAAGGUAUUUUUAAAACAGGAUUGUAAUUGUUUGUCUCACAAUGUGGUCACUUGGGAUGUGAAUUGCAACGUUUGGACUGCAUGAAGAAGACUUGCAGUAUGCAGUCAAAACAUUGCAAUCCAUAUCUUAAGUGACCACAUCAUUAGACAACUGAUUACAUUUCUCUUUUAAGUGUCAUUUACCACAGUGUAUAAUCACAACCUAUUUUACGACAUCUCCUUAUAUUAUCCAUAAAAUAUACCGCAAACAGGCAAUGAGAAUACUUAAACUUAUCUGGUUAAAAUUGCCAUGUUGAUCAAACACUAAACGUUCAUAACUUAUUUACAAAGAAAUGUGUAGCAGCUAGAGGGGAGAAUUAGCAAGCAGAUCGUGCGAGUUAAAAAGAAUUUUUAAAGGAAAUGUUGCUACCAUUGGCAGUACUUCUUCAAUUCUUUGCAAGUUUUAAUACCCUUUCCUGGUUAUCAGAUAAUUUAUAAGACAUUCCAGGUUGAAGACUUGCAUGCAACCUGCUUGUAACGAAAGAUCAGCGGGAAGUUGGCCUUUGAAACUGUGUGAGUUCUUAUUCAUUGCAAUUCUUUGUUGUACUGCUUUGAAAUAGGUAAUGAAGCACUUGCAAAAUUCUGUUCUUCAAAUUUACACAUGUCAGGUAACAGUGCUUUCAAUAAGACCUGGCACCCGCCGGAGCUCCAGCGGCU